AUGGGUAAUAAUACAAUUUUUAAGAUGAAGUUAGAAGAAAUGUAAGUCAGCACUGUACAAGAUUGUACUCAUUUAAGGGUAAAAGAGAUUUCAGUUGUGGCUCGCUCAGUUGAUAUAACUGUUGUUAAGUAAUUAGGAGCUAAGCAUAUGUUUCUAGUUUUGAGGCUAGAAGGUGACAUUCUAAUAAUCAAUGAUGUAUCUGAUGGCGAUGGUGGAAAAGGAGCAAAGGUAGUAUUUAAAAAACUCCCUUAAUGCGAAAUUAAUGAAGGACAGGAGGUUCUCAUAACUGCGUGCAUAAGGCGUAAUGUCACUUUGCAAAAUGUUAUUUCAUAUGCAAAAUAAUAUUAGAUAGAAAAUCCAAAUUAUCAAAUUCACUCAAAGAAUUGCUAGUUCUACUGCAUUAAAAUACUAGAAAAGCUGCAUGUAGAACAAGUUCACAUUUAUAUAGUAGCGAAUUAUAGCCACGAAAAUAUGAAAAAUACAAAAAGAAAUGGUGGAAUUGCAGCAGCUAUUUUAAGUGGAAUCGGAAUCGGAAUCUAUUUAUCCUGCAAAAGAAAGGGAGCUAAUGAAGGAGAGAAGAAAUCUGAUGAGGAAGUGAAGCAGCCUUAAACCUGCUCCGAAUGA